UUAAUAUUAUAUUGUGAACCCACUAAGUAAUUAAUGAAACUGACUCCAUGUAGCAUCUUGAAGAGAUGAGCAAACAACUUUCCUACAAAAAAUGGUUCGACUGGAGUACCGGUAUAGCGCAGACAAGAAUUUCGAGUAACCAAUCCAAUGACCAAUCAGAUAUGUCGUAACAUUUAGCUGCUCAAUAGAUUACAGAGGCAUUUUCAAAAUGAAAGAUCAAAACAUCACUUUUUAAGUUUACAUACUCCCUUAAAAGUUAUGGAUUUCGAUGUGUCUCAUUGUAAGUCAUUCGUGAACAAUCAAUUCGUGUAAUCUGUCCGGAUAAUGUAUAGCUGGCACAACGCCAUCCUGUUCUUUGUUUGUGUUCGGAAGUGUGACAGUGCGAUAUUGUGUGUUUUGAUUUGAGAUGUAUUGUAAAUGGUGCUCGCUUUACAAUAAGGUAAUUUGACACUUAUCAGAGUAUAAUAUUACAUGUAAUCAAUUAAUCAAACAUGGCAACACCCAUAUCUAUUAAAAGCAAGCGAAUCUUGCCUAAUGUUCCAUUUGAAACGGGAGUACUAAAGAAAAAUAUAGUUACAUUUAAUUCCGAAACUGUCGAAACAUCAGUUGGUGGAACACAAACCCCUGGUAAAAUUAAAGGUGAUCCAUUUGGUUCCAUGAAUCAAUCAAGUUAUAAUGAUAAUUCGAUAUGCAUAGAAAAUGACCAUGUUAAUGGUCAUUUUAAAGUGGAGGAAACUGUAUUUCAGACCAAUAAAAUAGCCACACCCAAAACACUUACAUCUGUGUUGGAAAGAGUGCAUUCAAAAGGGAAUAUUUGUGUGGAAGUUUGCAUAACUAGGGAUUCACAAAAUGGUGAAUCAGAUAAAGAAAAUUGUCCAUACACACCAAAGGUUAGAAAGUCACUUUCCGCAGAAAGUACACCUAUUGGAACUCCAAGGUAUAAUUUGUCUGCAGAAAAUACUCCAAUGAGGGAAAGUCUUCGAUUAUUAGGGGGAGAAGACAGCAGUGUUACAGUUGCUGUGCGCCUGCGUCCUUAUAGUGUUCGGGAGCUUGCAGAUCCUCAUGUCACCAAUGUGGUCUGUAUGUCGGGGAAUGAGACAACGGUGUGUGCCGAGACGGGACUGGAACAUCACUUCCUGUAUGACUUCUCAUUUAACUCAUUUGACGCCAAAGACCCGGAAUACGUCUCGCAGGAACAGGUGUACGCCUGCUUGGCUCAGCCUCUUUUGGUCAAGGCCUUUGAGGGAUACAACACCUGCCUGUUUGCGUACGGACAGACAGGCUCCGGGAAGAGUUACAGCAUCAUGGGUCAUGGGUCUGAUGUAGGGAUCAUACCUCGGUUUUGUGAAGAGUUGUUUUCAAGAGCAGAUCUUGUUCGAGACCAUGACAAAGUGAAACUGCAUGUUGAGAUCAGCUUCUUUGAGAUCUACAAUGAGAAAAUUCACGAUUUACUUGCAUCCAACAGUCACUUAGGCAGCGGAAAAGACAAGAAAGUGAAGAAGACAACGUUGCGUGUUAGGGAGCACCCCACCCUAGGCCCCUAUGUUGAAGGCCUCUCCACUUUCGUAGUCACCUCAUUCGACGACGUUCACGGCUGGAUCACCCUUGGCAACAAGAACCGUGCCACUGCAGCCACGGGCAUGAAUGACAAGAGCAGCCGCUCUCACUCUGUGUUCACCAUUGUACUCACUCAGACCAAGACUGAGACUCUAGAGGGCCAGGUACAUGAUCACUCCAUCACCAGCAAGAUCAACCUUGUGGACCUGGCCGGCAGCGAGAGGCAGUCACAGGCGCAAACCUCUGGCGAAAGACUCAGGGAAGGUGCUAACAUCAACAAGUCCCUGUUGACCUUGGGCAAGGUCAUAUCACAGCUGGCUGAGCAGUCAAGUCAGGUCAACAAACGCAAGAAGAUAUUCAUACCUUAUAGGGACUCCGUUCUUACUUGGUUACUGAAGGAGAGCCUCGGGGGUAACUCCAAGACGGCCAUGAUUGCCACAAUAUCGCCCGCUAACCACCACAUUGAGGAGACUCUGAGCACGCUGAGGUACGCCCAGACUGCGCGCUCCAUCGUCAAUAUCGCCAGGGUCAACGAGGAUCCCAAGGCCAAGCUUAUCAGAGAACUGCGUGCAGAGAUAGAGAGGCUGCGCGCGUCGGGCCUGUCAGAGAACGAGGACGUGACCACGGCCUGCAUGGUUGAGAUCACGUCACUACGGGACCAGCUGCGCGAGAAAGAGAGGGAGAUGGAGGAGAUCACUAAGUCGUGGCAGGAGAGGCUGCGACAGUCAGAGGAACGCAAACAGGAGGAGGCAAAGAUGCUGGAGAAAUCAGGUGUCACCCUGAAGAUAGACAAUCAGCUGCCAAACUUUGUGAAUCUCAAUGAAGACCCACAGCUGUCAGAGAUGUUGCUGUACAAUAUCAAGGAGGGGACCACAAAAGUGGGGCGCAUGGGCACGCACUCCAAACACGACAUACAGCUCAACGGGGCACUUAUUGCUGAUAAUCAUUGCAUCAUCAGCAAUGUAGAUACCAUAGUGACACUGACCCCUAUAUCAGAUGCUCCAACAUACGUGAACGGGAACCUGAUAUCUGAGCCAAUGACACUACACCAUGGUGACAGAGUGAUUCUAGGGGGAGACCACUACUUUAGGUUCAAUCAUCCCAUAGAGGUGCAGCAGACAAGAAAGUCACGCAACGGGGUUCACACGCAGGAAAGCAAGGACUUUGAGUUUGCCAAAGCAGAACUGAUGAGAGUGCAGGAAGCCAGGUUACAGGAGGCGAGGCAGGCCGCCCAGGAGGAGAUGUUGGAGGAGGUGGAGCAGGCUAAGAGAGAGGCGGAGUUACGGCUGGCAGACCUUGAGAAAGUCAUGAGGGAAGAAACGGAAGGCAAGGUCAAGGAAGCCGAAGACGUGAUAUCGAAAUUGAAGAAACAAAAAAUGAUCCUUGAACAGGAGGUGAUAGCUGGCAGGAAGAGGCAGCAGCUGGAGGCCGAGGCUGCACUCAAGGCGUCGAGUCAGCUGUCAGUGGAGAGGUCUCGUCUCCUGGAACUGCUGCAGGAGCAGAGAGAAGAGGCAAAGAGGAAGCUUGACAGUCUGAGGCAGAGGAGAAAGGAGGCGGCCUCGCAGACACCCAGGGCACCGGCACCCAGCAUCCUGGAGGUCUCUACAGGAAAGAUGGACUUGUACAAAAUUGCUCUGCAGAUAAGAGAAGCCAACAAGAUCAGUCAGUACCUCAAGAAGAACACUGUGUUCAGCCGAGAGGACUAUCUAGACGGGGAGGAGGUCCACACAGUGAUCAAGGUCACCAACACCAAGCUCAAUGUUAAUACUCACUGGAGCCUUGGCAAGUUUGAAGAAAAACUCAUACAGAUGAGGGACUUGUAUCAGAACGAGACAGAGAGUACAGAUGAGGAGGACGAUGUGUUCAAUGACCCAGAGGACCAGUGGGGCAAGGACAGCGUUCCAAUCUCACCUUUUGAACCAAGGAAUGGCCAGAAAAGGUCCAUACUGUCCCCCAGCCUUCGUCAGGCCCUGAUAUCUACUGGGUCCAGCUUCAACAAUAGCUCCAUUUACCGACAUGAGUCAUACAGAGCUGCUAUGAACGGACCUCAAGUAGCCUCCCUUUGUAAAGAUCUGGUCAAUAUGACCUUGGGCAGCUUGAAAGCGUCUAGUCGAGAUGAGGGCAUUAUGGACCAGAUAUUACACAGUUGCCACACCAUCAAGAUCUGCACUGUUCAGUUCCUGACCCUGCCUGCCAGCCUGGAGACUAACAAUAACAAGACCAGCAGGACUGACGUACUACAGUCCACUUGUAUACAGAUGACAGUGGCAUUCCACCAGUUGCUGACCCUGUGUAACCUCCUGACGUGCACGUUGAGGCACCUGCACUCUGCCCUUAUACACGACCUUCUCUCCAAGGUCACAGACCAGGUCAGGGUCAUGGGCACACAUGUGGCACGAUUCAUGCAGGGCUGUGAGAGUGACAUCGAGUCCCUGAUGGAGGAGUCUGUGUCCCGGCUCAGUGACGGCCUCCACUCCGUGUGCAGGCUGGUGGGGGAGCUGGCCCUCGCCACGGAUACCAACAUCCUCCACCUGGAUACCAACAUGGCCGCCAUGCAGGACACCGAUGAUGAGUCCCACAAAAGCAUCUGCCAGUCGUUCCUGACCGGGUGCGAGACAUUCAUAGACAAGACAUUACAGGGGGCCAUGAAAACGUUGGACGACUUUGAGACCAAGGCUCAGUAUCUCAACGAUGCUACAAGAGCCAACACUAACAUGGUGGAGAUUGCCCAGAACCUGGAAAUCCUGGUGUCAUCUUGUAAAGAUCUCCUACUCAAAUGCCAGCAACUACAGGUGGAGGUAGACAUCAGUCACAUGGAGAAGUCCAUUAACGGCAACGCCCACUUUGACUCCGACAGCUACCGCAAGCUGCAGCUGCUGGUGUCACACAUCAGCGCUCUCGUGGAGACAGUCAACCUGAUGCUGAACCAGGCAGAGCCAGCUCUCGAAGGUGGGGAAAUGUACCUUCUUAAGUUAAUCAAAUCCGCAGAGACUCUCAGAAAGUGUUCCGAGAAUGUAGCAGAAGUUUCUGGUUGGGACACCGUCAAAUCUCCGGGCCGAUCAAGACCAAACCAAGAUGUAACUGAUGAAGGCCUUUCAGAAACUCAGCAAGAACUGUUGGAGUAUGUGUACAAUGACAUACAGGGAUGUGUGAACGAUCUCAUUGUAAGUGUUCAGAAGGUGAUCCCCCCGGACAGGGCAGUGGCGUUGGACACACCCCGAGGAAAACGACUGUUGCCGUCUCAGCCUAAACGUGUAGUGAGCCAUUUGAAAAUGGACGAUGAUAAUAGUUGAUGAGGAAGGGAGAUUUUAGUUAGUCAAGGGGAGUGGUUUCUCUUCCUCCUUUUGUAGUGCCAAGAUUGCUUCACAUACGGUUAAUACGAUGAAAUUUGAUAAAUAAAGAGUUUGGGAUAAUCCUGUUACAUAAUUGCUGAAAUAUGUUUUGCUGGCAGGUGAAGAUAUUUUUGUGAAGGGUCAUUCAUUGGUUAAGGUCAUAGAUAGAUAUAAUUGAAGCCUAAUUACAUAACAUUUAUGUAAGGUAAAUGGAGCAUGGACUUUAUAAUAACCAAUAAUCAAGCAUUUACAUUAUAAGCAAAAACCAAGCAAUUGACAUUAACAUAAACAAUAUCAAGCAAUUGACAUUUACAUUAUAAGCAAUAACCAAGCAAUAGACAUUUACAUAAUAGCUUUGCUGUAGCUUCAUAUCCUAUUCACACAACUUGCCUACAUUAUCUGUAUGUUUGUAAACCAUUGACAUCUCUCAUUCAUUUAGCAUGUCAAUUUUUAACUGGUAAUUCAUAGACCUUCUCAGAUUUUUCUAUAAAAUACAUACAUUUAAGUUUGGUAAUGAAAAUCAUUUUAUCGAAAAUGUGUAAAUAUGAUGACUAGGAAAUUCAAUAUUGGCAUGAGCAAAAAUAUGUUGAGAAAAAAAUUUGGUGUGUAGUUUACAUGAAUAAUGUUCAAACAUGUUUUUGUCCCCUACCGGUGAAACUGGAGGGGACUUAUGGUUUGCGCUCUGUGUGUCAGUCAGUCUGUCGGUCACACUUUUCUGGAUCCUGCAAAAGUUCUUCAUAUAUUUUCAUGAUACUUGAAAAAUGGAUAGAUGGCAAUAUGGAGAUUAUGCACGUCAUUUCAUUUUGUUCCUACGUCAGGAAUUCUGGUUGCUAUGGCAACAAAUAUAUAAAAAAAAAAUAAAUUAUUUUCUGACAAUGGUGGAGUUUCACCGGUAGGGGACCAUAUUGUUUGGCAAUCUCUUGUUAUAUUUAUUCCAUUAACAGUAUGCAAUGUAUAUGGGUCUGCCAUGAAAUUCAGAAUAUGUGUAUACAAGUGCCUGCAAAGAUUUUGCUUUGAAGUAUAAUUAUACAGUUAUUCCUGUGUAAUGUGGGGUUAUUGUAUAUGCAGAGAAAAUUUAGUACUUCUAUUCACAUUAAAUUGUUUUUUGUUUGGUAA